AUGAUGUGCAUUCUACAAGUAUCACUUGCUAUAGUUGAAGCAUCAGUUAAUCGUCUUUGUUCAAUAGUUUAUCACACAAAACUCUUUUUAAGAACAAAAAAAUGGGCAACAAUAUGUAUUGCAAGUCAAUGGACAACUGGUAUUAUUCUUUCAUUUCCAACUAUUUUAUUUAAUGAUUCAAGGUGUAGUGAUCAAUUAUGGAAAGCAAUUUAUAGAUUUGUGAUGGUUGUGAUUAUUCCAUCAAUAAUAUGCUUGGUGAAUAAUAUGAUGAUUUUUAAGUACGUUCGUUCAUCAACAAAUCGUAUUCAAACAUCACUAGAAAAUGCAAAGAAUAACGCACAGCAACAUCAACAUCUUAGUCGUCGUGAUUUAUAUUUACUUCGACAUAUGAUUGUUAUGUUUUGCAUAUUUGUUGUAGGGUGGAGUCCGAUUUAUAUAUGUGGAGCUAUUAAUAUUGUAACCUCUAUUACUGUAACAACACGUUUUGCGUUGAUUAUAAUAUCGGAAUUAUCUUUAUUGGCUCUUAUAAGUAAUCUUUUUUUGUAUAACCAUGAAUUACGACGAUAUUUUCGUGAGAAAAUAUGUCAUCGUCAUUAA